AUGCACAGUCAGCGUUUACCUCUGAACUUAUGUUGUCGCAAUUGUGUAUACCCUAGAGAGCCUUCAGUUAAGCGAGCACUGGUACCGGAUGAUAAAGUGCGUUGGGACGUAGUGUGGACAGAUUAUGCGCCUUUUAUUUACACGAGUACCAAGAUACUUCAGUCGCCCCAUGCCGAUCCAGAUUUCGGGUGAGAGCAGAGCUUUAGCGUGCUCUGAAUGAUGUUUUUUAUGUCGCUCUGCGAAAUAGCGCAACUCCCCUGGCAUUUUUUCUAGGCUUGGUAAUUUCGCGGUGUCUCGCAAAUAUCUUAGCCAAAUUGCUUUACAGGCUGGCUUUAAAAUGAAGCCAAGUAAUGGAAAAUAACCUUUCCAAAUACUCUGGUUCCUUUAAAAGCGUCCGUUGUCUAGGUCCUAUCGAUAUGCUCCUGCUGCUGCAGCGCGGUUAACCGGAGGCCAUAUGUGUGCAUGUCUUCCCUGCCAGCACCUGGCCCCUCUUGAUAAGGGGCCAAGAAGCGGUUUGAACGGAGUUAGCCCCCCUCCCCCACAGUUUUUCCUAGUUAAUGCCAACUGGCAGGGUUGCCACGAGGAUAACGGCGGCCAGAUUUAAGAAUUUCGAGCACUGUUUUACUUUAGUCAAUUAAUAUGAAAGGCAGCAGGUUGUGGCACUAUCGUAUUUGAUUUUGCAACUAUAUUUAAGGCGGCAGUUUUUACUAUCUUUGUCGCCGAAAUCUUGCUGUUUAUUUUGCUUAAAUAAACGUGACGUCACAUUUUUCGUGGCUUUAGUCCGGUGAUAUAAUGUCAUCGUUAGGCGUAUAAUGUGAACGAAAUUUAUAUUCCUUGCCAUCCAAAACUAGGUGAGAUAUGUUGUUCGUUGUUAACUGCUGUUGACGACUGUGGCAUUUUCCGACGAAGUCGGAGUGGCUCAAAAUAUUGAGAGGUGCAGAUCGUCAGCAGCCGAAAAAAAUCUACCAGGAUCCAGGGCAGUUUCAUUCCAAACUUCCCCCGCUAAAGGUGUCUCGUUUCUGUUCGCUUGGGAAAUUAAGUGGCGACACCCGUGUUUAUUUUCCCCGAAUGGAUUUGCAAAUGUUUCCUUCUGACCUAGUCAGCAAAUAACAAAGGGAAGAGUGUGUAGUCUAUCUGAUACCGGAAGAAUUAUUUUCAGAUACUGAGCGCAAUGCUUUACAUCUAUGGGUAAUUGGUCGUGAUGCGAUUCACUGAUUCUUGUAAAGGUUUACUGAGAUUGACUGACUUUUCCAAGUAAGUAGCGAAGUCUCUCCUAAUUUAUAUUCUCCUGUUUUUGCCUGUCAUCAUUAUUUUCAACCAACUAUUGUACACUUGUCGGACUUUUCCCACGUAGUUUCCUUAGUAUAUUACGCUACUUAUUUUGUUUUUUUUAUCCUGAAUUUUCCAUCUCAACCCCUCCUUCAUUUUAGGGCAACCGGCUUUAAAAACCUCAAAUUUAACUCUGUUGACGGACUGCUUAAUCGUACCAGCCAUCUUGGCAAAUACGCCCUUGAUGGGCAUGGUCUUCCUUUGAACCCUUGUGGUCGAACCGGCAUCCAAGGUCGUGGGUGUUUGCGAUAUUGGGGACCUAAUCAUGCCGCUGACCCUAUAGUUUCUAGGUGCGUCAAGCCCAAAGCGUCUCAUUUAGGCUGUUUUUUGUUAUGCUUCUGUAUGUGGGAAUUUAUGUGCAGAAACACAUGUGACCAUUUCUCGUAGUCGCCUCUUGCGACUGGGUUAAUGAGCCAUUGGAGAUGUUAGAUAGAAGAGUUUUUAGACGGUAUUGUCCUCUGAAUUUUCACCUAUAAAUCGCUAGAAUUUGUGCUUCUUGCACAAAUUCUUGACAAAGUUCUAAACCCCUGCUCAUUCAUAAAGUAGCAUGUAGAGUUCUUAUAAUGGAACUGUCAACAACAAUGUUUGAAGUAAUACGUAUCCCCCGAUCCCAUGACUAGCUAAUGUAUUUGAAUAUAGGCGUACCCAAUCAUACUUAUCUCCCGUUAUAACAUUAUUUGCCCCAAGAUGGGAGGCCGAUUUGGGGUCUAGGAAACCUUUCUUAAUCAAGGUGGAUUUUUAUUUGAAAAGUACAAUGAUAUGACUAGCUAUCACUUACAACCUGGAAUUUGAGGUGCAAUUGUGGUGAAGUGCAUGCGACUAUUUGACCCUAUAACCUCUUAUUAAUAAUUUUAUGAGCUGUUGGAGCAUUAAAUCAAAACGAUUUUAGAAUAUAAAAUAGGUGGUACUGGUGGCUAAAUUUUUAUCUGUAGAUCACUAGAAUAGGUACUUUUUCAUCGGAUGUUUGACAGAUUUCCUAAUCCGUGUUCGCUCAUAAAAUAAUGUGUAGAGUUCUCACAAUGAAACUGACAUUGUCGAUGUUAAAAGGAAUAUGUCUCAUCCGACUAUAUCGUUACCUAGGGUAUUUGAAUACAUACUUAUUUAAGCAUAUUUAUUUCUCUUGCACUUUAUUUACUACCAGAUGGAAGGUCGAUGCAGCAGGCAAAAGGUGCCAAACACCGGUCCUUCAGUUUGUGAGCAUUCUUCGACAAAACGGCCAAUGGGCUUUUCCUGGGGUGAGCUGUGAUUCCGUGAAUUAUACAACUGUUGGGCCAGUAAGGGGAACUUUGCAUCAGACUGAAAAAAACCUACCUUAUGCAUGUCUCUGCUUCUAAACUCUUUUUGGUACUGUAUGUGCAUGCGAUCCCGGAUAUCUUUGAAACCCUUGUGCCAGCGAUUCUUGCGUAUCUUCGAUUACGUACUGUCACUUAGGACGUGGCGGCAGUUUAAACGUUAGGUACUGAUUUGCCGUCGGCAUUAUAGGUAGGAAAGAUAAUAAACUUUGUUGGGUAAAAAAGUGAAACCGGUCUGCCCAAGAGCCAAAAGGAGAUGAUGGACGUCAUUUCGAAGGGUUCAAGCGGCUAACUGCUGAAUACCGGAAACCGGCAAAGUAUAUAGCUAUCAGAUGUUUGCCACCAUAGUCCCGGACUAGGAAGUGGACUCACCCAGCAAGUCGCACGCAGGGAUAUCGAUCAUUCAGACAACCAGUCGACGCCCCUAUGGAAGCUUAUCGUGUAACGAGAAUUCAUGAGAUCUGUAGUCAGGUGGGUGUUUAUGCACCUGUUUCCUGCAUAUGUGGAUUUCACCCUUCCAUAAGUAAACGAAGAAUUUAUUUGAGUCAAACGAUGACACCGUAUAGAAGAUACGAGAACUCUAAACGACGCAUGAGAUGGACGCAACUGUCUAGUUUACUACUCUAUUUUAUGGGCUCGCCACUCAGUUAAAACCUUGCCAGUAAAUACUUAAAUGGCGUGGCAUCGACUCAAUGACAUCAUCCAAAACCGACCAACUGAUUUUGCGUAUUCGGCAGCAACCAACCUCUCCGUUUCCGAAUAGUGUAUUUGAGAAUACUAUCUCAGGUGGACUUUUGUCAAAGUCGUAAAGAUUGCCAGGCCCUGACUCAGAAACAAUACCCACCUUGUACCCUCACCCGCACUUUCCUUUUCAAGUACACAGAACAGCUUUGCGGCCUUUCAUACAGGAGCGGCAGAAAGUGCUUAAGAAGCGCCUGCUAUCUGCUGCCAAGUCGAUCUUCGCACCUUUACUCCGGGUAGGAGUAUGACCGGCUUACGGGUUCCGCGCUAGGCUAAUUUCCUAUGGAGAGCAAUCGGAUACUGUGGAUCACAUGGUUCGUAGUCGACCGUUGAACAUAAUAUCAGACUUUCGUUCUUUGCCGACCGUCAUUAGACGCAGAACGGUCGGGAGUUACUACGUUUAGAUCCUCUGUCAUGACGCUCUUCGCCUCAUGAUAGUGAGCGCAGUAGGACAUAUUUGAUUAGUGGAAACGACCCUGUCGGCUUCUAUAGUUGCCACGUCUCUAACCCCUCGAAAACUGCAAUUCAGUGGCGUGUUAAAUAGGCAGUUUUGGUGUUGUAACGAGUCCUUUCUUGAAAAGAGCAUCAAAAUGUACUCCCAGGGAACUAAAGGUUACGCGUUUUCGUCAAGCGCCAUGAGUAAGAUGUUAGGGAUUAAGGAAACACUUCUUGAAGAAACUACUCACUUCAGUCUUACAUCAUCGCCCGAUCUGGCUGCAUCAGUGAAUAUCACUUCUAAUUGACUUUAAGUAGUCCUAAUCUCAGCUUCAGAACGUGGCUAUGUACUGAAACCGUUAGAGACUUCAUUUUAGUACUCAUCUUGACCCCUGUUAAGCUCUAGCCUGAAGCUAGGAUCUGAAGAAAAUGUGCAAAAAUAGCCACUCUCGUCUCCCACCUUCUUGACAUUUAAGUCUCAGCAGGAAAUGAUAUACCGAUUUAUGAAACUGCACAGGCUACGUUUGGAGUUGUAAAAUGUUAUUAACCUCGAUGUUCCUCACUUAUCUGUUUGCGUCAACUCCAAUAGCUAACCAUGCAGAACCAAGGCUUUCGAUUGGUUGUCCUUUCGGCUUGAUAAUACAGGUCGGAAGCUGCAAUUCCUAAAAAGUGGAAAACGCCGUACCUUUUAGAGUGACGAAUUGCAUCCACCGGAAGAGCAUAUUGCAUAUACAACGUGUUAAGCUCAACGGCCAUCACAGACGGAGAAAUCGAUUCCAUAGGCUAGUCACACGUUUUAUCUGCCUGUGUCAACUGCGGAUUACUCACUGAUCUCCGAGUUGACACUGCCUCUGUUUCUGGCCUGCAGGCCGCGCGUGAGCUACGAGCUCUGUUUUUCGAUGAAAGUAAAUAAAAUGAAACAGAAUUGUCUGGUCGUCAAAUAAACAAAGCAUCUUUACAUUAGCUUGACUGUUAUUUUGCCAAGGCAGAACCUGGAAGCUUGGCGGAAUGAAAGCAGGCCUUUUUUCCAGUUUCACCGAAAGGUGCCGCAACUGAUGCGCAUAUAGCGGAAUUGGGCGUAGUUAAGUAACGAAGAGAAGAGUCCCAGGAAGCAGUCUUGAAGAAGAAGAAGAAACACGAUCGUCGAAACUGGCCCCCAGUCUAUAAAAAAGUGCAAUGAUCUUCCCAUUCAAUACACCGUGCUGAGACUUCGUCUAGGCGGAUUAAUUGGCCACGCUGGGAGCGCACAGGUGAACACUCUUCCCAACACCCGGGUCAGCGCUUCAGAUGGCCGAGCAAUCAUCACACCAACAUCCAACGCACGUGAUGAAAUUGCAGCAAUUAACGACGCGAAUGUCGGCCAUCAUGCCCCGUGCAACGAUCCCUGAUGAAGGGGGGGGGGGGAGCCGUGAAUAUUCAUAGGUAUGCGGUAGCAUGGCUACUGUAUCCUAUAAAUACUGCAGCCCCUUAUGCAUGUACCACCCGUAGCUGCUUUUGUCUCUGAUGACGGAUUCGUACAGGAAUCCGAAACGUCAGGAUAAUAGAGCUCUUGUUUCGACGAUCGUAUCUUCUUCUUCAAGUAGUUAAGUAACUCCAGUAAGCAACUGGGCACACCCUACAGUCAGUGACCGGUCUCAUAAAAUGCUAACCGAAAUCCCGAAAUUCAUUUUCAAGUAGGAAAAUAUGUUUGAAUUUAUGAGGACAUUGAAACGAUAUGGGAAAAUUUAUCCUACUUUGGAAUGCAGGCGGUUUAUAAGAAGCUCGCCCAAAAGCCGACAUCCUGACGUGACUGACGCAUUUAUGGAUUAUGCCACACGGCAACUGACAUGGCAAUUCUUUUUAUGUAAUCUCUAAUUGAAGGCGCGUUUCAGAAUCUCGGUUCAAAUUUAGUAGUAACUGAACAUUCGCCCCAACCGAAACGGGUCCACUUUGUAGACCGUACAAAUGACAGGUGUGGCCCAAAUGCUUGAUUUCGGGGGCGGACCCUUAGACAAGAACCGUCGCCGAUGCCAUUCCUAUUUACAUCAUAAUCAUUCCUGAGGUGGGCAGAUGGACCUUCUAUAGUAACUCUGUCUUGCAUUUUCACUUAUCCUUCAUUUGUGCAUUUCUGCCUUGCUUUCUUUCUUCUCUAAGGGUAUGGUCGAUGCUGGCGAAGAAGUUACCUCCACUUUGAAACGAGAAUUUUCCGAAGAAGCCCUCAACUCCACUGUAGCCGACCCUCUCAAGAAGAAGGCGAUCCUUGAAAAAGUGGAACAGUCCUUUCGAGGCGGCGUUAGGGUAGGCUCUUUUCAAAUACUUGACCACAUAAAUGGCUGUGAUACACCGGGCCACAUACCUCUUCUUUCGCGUUAGCCUCAAUAGUUGAAAGAUCUAUCCAGAUCGAGUCAGCGCUAUACACCUUAAAGAUCCAUCCAUCGCGGAGUCCUACGCACGCUUGCGCCAUGUAGGUGUCUCACGAGUAAUGGUAGGAGGCGCUCACCGAUUGUUCUUACGGAACUCGCUCCUUCCGUUGUGCUUUAUGGGCUCUCUCUCUCGGGCCCAACCAGCAGCCUCACAACGGCCAGAAAUAGCCAACGGGCAGAAAGGGCAACGGGCUCGUGGCCCAGCGGUUAGAGGCGUGGACCUCUAACAAACAGAUCGCGAGUUCGAGCCUCGGGUGUUCCACACUUCGAGGUUACGUAUGAUUGGCUGACGACGGCUAAUAAGCCAGAAAUGGCCAUUCCAGUCUUCGUUGUCUUUGUCGGUAAUAACAUACUGCCUCACGAGUAGUCACUCAGUUGAAGCUCCACUGUCAGGUCCCCAGGACUGCAGUGAUUCAGGGACGACGAUGUUUACUUGUUUACCCUGGGGAUAAUGAAGCGGAUUUCAUUGAGGAAUAGUUAUUAAAAGAACAGCUUUUCGUAGGACACGCGGUGGAACGACCUUCGCAUGUGUCUGAACCUCGGCAUAGCAUAUUCUCAACCUACGAAAAGAUCCCGAGUAAUAGCGGUAUUAAGAAGUUGCGAAUGCUGUCCCCCAUCUGACAAAACUUCACUCACCAUUUAGCACUAUCCCGGAACUUUAGGGAUACCUCUCCCUCAGAAAACAGUGGUUGGACUGUCGAUCAAAUGUUGUACAGGGUAAACCAGGCAGAGGCUGUUAAGGUACAUUUGAUCGACAGUCUAACCACUGUUUUUUGAAAGAGAGGCAUCGUAGUCGCCAGAUCAGGACCUGCGAUCAGGGGAGACUCGCUCUGUGUAGUGCACCAUAUUUGUACUGGUCGUUUUGAAUGUCAACUGCACGAAGCUUUUCACUUCCUCGAGCACAGUAUUGCCAGAAAAGACGUAUUCAGAGUGAUCUUUUGCCUGGAUUUCAGACACGGGCUUUCCUGGAAUCACAAUUCCUGAACAAAUGACUAAAAUCUGCAUAAAGAUAGAUCCUAGUCAGAAGUAGCGUUUAUUGAUUUAUCCUGACCUAGUAGCCCUGGAGCUCCAGUCUUGAACUUGUUUAGGCGGUUGCAUAUGCCUGGCAUAUUGUGACAAACAAGCCGGAAAUGGCCAUUUACGUUCCGACUUUUAAGGCAUCACUUUUCGAUCACUAGUGCCGCUCUUAUUUCUAUUUCCGUUUGAGCUCAACGCCCGUGGAUGACUGAAAAGUCCCUGAUACCAAAUUGACCUGACUUUGUGUUUAGAUGCAUACCGGCAUGUCGGGGUUUUCGGCUUACCGAGCUCCGGUCCACGUAGGCUUCCUUUUAUUUGCCUUGUCGUAACGGGUAUAGUGCUACUCACUACCUAUCAGCGUCCUAAUGUUGCGCGAUAACUGCCAGCAGCCGAAGUCUGCCUCUGCAGCAGUCUUCGCCUCCAUUAGUGGUCCUAUUUUUAAGCGGAUGGUUUAGCUAGAUCAUGUGUGCGCGGAACUAUUACCGUGACGAAUGCCUGCCAUAACCCUACUGGCGUAUUGAAUUAUCAUCUGCUAUGCCACGAUUCAGCAAACCGUGGCUCUCGCAGCCUGAUGUGCGCUGGCAUUUCUCUGACACCUGAUUUCCUGCCGGUGGAUACUCUUGCGCUCCCGUUGGGUGUACAGGUCGCGUGCAUGGUUGCCCAGUCAUCCUCCUCUUUCUGACCCGUUGCUUGUUGUUUCUGAUUAAAAUCCCAGUAUAGUGUUUGUUUGGUGCGAACCAGGGGCUGUGGUAAUACACCUAGGGGGGUGCGCGUCCGGUCGUUCCAGCCACCUGCGCCCUCUCCCACCUUUAGUCUUAUUAAGCAUUUUUUGACGCCGGGCCUAAGUGGGGGGAAGAGAGUUCGGUAGAUUAUACACAAGUCUACUCGCUAUCUCUGUAAACUAAUUCACGCGCAAGUCGUGCCUGCUUGACCUUUCAUUGGAGCACACGGCGGACAUCGUCGGACACGAUGGACGAACUGUCGUGUACGAGACGAAAUAAAACUUAGGCUUCUCGAUCACUGUUUCUUGAAAACGAAUCUCAGAUGAGAGCAUUCAAUAUCCAGUGGGACUGUCCGCACUCCGUCUGGUAAAACCAUCCAAGAAAUAACUGUCACGGGCAUAUAGCUCGUCGCCCGCCUCAUGAACACAACGUUUGGACCCUUAGUCCAACAAGCGAUGAAGAGACUCGCAACCAGACCCGGAACGAACGUCGUUGGGGUUCUUCGUCGCACGGUGUCCGGUCUUCGCUUCUCGAGCAGGUAGUUCGCGGGUUCACCUACGCUUAAUACAGUUUCGUGUACCUAGAGGUAGGAGCUGAGCGUCAUAUGAAAGCAAAGUGGAAUCAUCCGAUCGUGCAGCUAAGAAAGUGCUAUAACCGCCAAUCCUCUUAAAUGGUUAUCGUUCCCUGCACACCUCAUAUACUCCUCUAUGCUAAAUGUGUCUUCCUUUUACCGUUUAAAUUACCCAUCCAACUAGACUAUGCGGGACUGAUCCUUGCUCUAUGACAAGUUCUCAUCUGACGUCGAAAAAGGUGGUACCUAGGAUAGGGCGAACAUUAAGUUUGGUUUUAGCUGGAUAUCCUAGAGUCAUCUUUCCAAAAACCAGGCACUGGCCUUGCAAAAGGUACGUCUAACGUGUUCCGUAAUUUUAAUUUAAAUAUUUUUGCAUUGUAUGUUAUAUUUUCUCUCAUCUCCUUUGCUCAGUGGCCUUUUCUCGUCAUGUAUUCGCCAGAUAUAUGCAGGUUAUGUGGAUGAUCCUCGGAACACCGACAAUGCAUGGAUGGAAACUGUCGCUGUUAACUUUCACGACGAGACGGGGACCGGACUGGCCCUCUUCCCUCUCGAGGCCGGUGAGUUCGUGACCAGUUUAUAAAUUGAUUUUACAACUACUUUUUAAUCGUCAGUAGAAAUGCUUUGUUUGGUAAAACAAUAUAAUAUACAGACAAUGAAGACUCAAAUAUUGACAAAGACGAUGAAAGAUACGGUGACCACUUUUGACUUAUUAACCGCCGUCGGUCAAUCCCAUUCUGACUUAUAUUGGAUUUUAAGGCAUAACCGGAGGAGCACUUUCCGUGGUUUGACCAAAUAAGUGAACUAGCCACCCACGACUGUUCAGCAUAUUUGUGGUUAAUAGCCAAUGCCUUUGACAACCCCAUGUAUUUACUGUCAACACAAAUUAUCUUUACUUCGUAAGUCGCGAAAAUAACAAAAGAUAGUGUUUGGUUGCUGUAUUUCCACCUUUAACCACUCCUUUCGGCUAUAUUUUUACCGAUCACGCAAAUGAGACUCACAAAUGUUAGAUGGUACAUACUUUGGUGCCAUCAAUGGCAUGUAGAAUGAGCCGGUACAACGUAGUCUUUCGGGCCCGGCCUCACAAGAAAGAUUUAGGGUUUUUGCCUCUUUGAAAGUAUAAACUUUGGCGGACCAGCCGCUGUUGUUUAUUGAGUCAUGGUUUUUUGAGGCAUCGGAAUGCCUGCCUCUAGUAACAUUACUGCCAGAACUUCAAGACCUAUCCAAGUGAAUGUCUUGCAGUGUUGAGGAGGACUUUCACGACAUAAAUCGCCGGAGGGGUUUUUCUCACUGAAUGCAAUGACUUAAGAACCAAUGAUUUCAUAAAUAUAUUGUACACUCGCCUGGUUAUCUAAACGACGUUUCUCCUCAAGACCGUCAUGACGAAAUCCUGAUGCAAUGAUCAGUUGAAGCUCGACGAAUAUUGCGUUUCUGAUGCCACUUGACACCCUUUUUGCCGCACAGCCUGACCUGGUCUGCUCGCUUUCAUCUUACACAGAAUGUUUAUUCAGAUAGGUUGCUGCCGGACAGCUUGGCAUCCUUGCCUAACACGUUCUGUCCCACGCACAUUGAACAUGUUCCACGUUCGAGUCCCUCGUACCAUUUGAGAGCUUUCUUUCAAAAUGUGAUUAAACGUAAGGCGGUGGGCAGUUGUAGCUCAGGUGGUUAGGACGUUGGCUGUGCUGAGGCCUUUCUCUUGCUCUCGUGGGUUCGAAUCCCACUGACGUCGCCGAAUUCUUCACAGUUGGGUCAAAAUGAAUUUUCUUUGCGUUAGUUGAACUCGACUGUCAGUCUUUCAUGCUUUCUAUGCAUAUCUAGGGCUCCUAACCUGAUCCGCACCGUUUCAUCAGAAGUUGGGUGGGACCAAACACUGUUGAUGGAAAGGCAUCCCAGGGAUUUGGUCAAUUUAAUUUGAGGGAUUGGGCAGAAAAUGGCCUCUUGCGCACCACUCACCCUUGACUUGUCCACCCGGAGCGCGCGGAGUGUAGUCCUACGACUGCCAAGAAAACCGAUUAGGUCAUGGCAUGUCGGACAGCGGUUUCGGGGGGACGGUUUUCAGGACCUGCUGUUUCCUGUGGUUUAUUGCUCCGAAGAUGAACGCUCCUUGCCACCCCCCCCCCUCGGCAUGCCAUUUUACCGUUCCAGGAUCGUGCCUGAGGUCGGGUGAAACCAUGUUUACUUCUGGACAACAUUCGUAAUUUGAGAAUACCUCUGUGGCCUGUGAUUUCUUUGAAGGUAAGCGAUUUAUCAGACUGAUGACCACCCAAACGUUACAGCGCACGUGACUACUUCCUCGUUAGACUCGAGACGCUGUUUAUUUUGCUGGCUGCCCUUCGUUCCACCAGCUAGCAACUGUAAACGUGCAGGGUCGUCAGCAGCUAAGCUAGUAGAUUGGUCCCUUUGGUCCCGAAAUUGGGAGAUAAGUGCUUGUGGCACGUGGGAGGGUGGGGAGGGGAAUUUCCUGGUCAACCACUGCGCCUGGCCUCAUCAGAAGGCGGUUUCGCGAAACUUUGCCUUUGACACACGAAAUGAGCGGAGACCGACGCUGCGUGAUCUCUCCUCACUCCAGUAAUUCCCCUCUGCUUUCCGUCUUUGGGGGCGAUCUAAAAGUCCUGGCUUAUGAAUUUAACGGCCGAUGGGUUAACUCGAUGGUCAGGAUUGCUCCUGUGAAGUCUCCUAAUUAAAAGUGGGGGGAGGGGUUUGACUCGCGUCUGGUUCGGCGCCAGCACAUGUCGUACAUGAGAGACGGCUGAAGCGCUGGGUCCAAGCCAAGCUCCGGUCGCCUUGAUUUGGUUUUGAUAUCGGAGGAAUUUAGUGCGUCGAAAGCCGGUCGAUGUGCGGUUGUCAACAACUAUAAGGUACUCAAAUCUGAAGGCAGGAAGGACGAGAGAUCGUACAGGCAGCUCAGUGAGCAAUUGCAGCGAGCGUUAUUCGCAGGUAAGUGUACAGUGGGUGGGCUAACUCAUGAAAUGUCAACCGAAAUUCCGAAAUGCGUUCCCGUUUCGAAAAGAUCAAUUAAGUAGGAUUGUUAAACUAGUCGGCCUGCAGCAUCAUUCUAUAAUAUUUCAGUUACCUCAGGAUGCUGGCAUUCAAACAAACUUCUCUUCGGCUGCAUGCAAAAACAACACUUUGCAAAAAUGACUACUUAAGCAGCAUGAAUUUUUCUCAUUGAUUUUCGAUACCUCUAAAUUUUCAUUUAUAUUUCGCGGAAAACAUGCACAAAAAUAUUCAUUCUUUUGCCCAUUCGGUAGACAAUUACGUCUUCUAAUUUUAUACUCGAAGGAGGUACAUAAUUUGGUUUUCAAAAUGGCCGUUCAUAAAUCGUCAUGUCUCUGCAUUUACCAAUGUGACUUGUGUAGUUAACAAUAAAGAUCAAAUCCACUGCUUAAUUUUAUGAAUCCUAUAUGGUCCCCCUCUAGUACCGUAAAGAAAUGUGGGGUUUACCGUACGCGGAAAAUAUACGGCUUGUAGUUUGGAAACCCUGAAUCCAAGUGUAACGGUAGACCGGGUUAAAAAUUAAUCGGGGACUGAAAAUAUUUUUGAAAAUCGAAUUGUACCCUUCAUUGGAGUGUAAAAUUGGAAAAAGACGUCAUUUUCUACCGAAUGAGCGGAAGAAUUAAUAUUUUCAUGCAUGUUUUCCAUGAAAUAUAAUUGGACUUUUAGGGGCAUUGAAAAUUAAUGGGAAAGAUGCAUGCUAGUUAAGUAGUCAUUUUUUGCAGAGUGUAGUUUUUGCGUGCAGCAGGAAGGAAGUUCAUUCGAAAGCCGGCAUCCUGAGGUAAUUGCAAUAUUAUAGAAUUAUGUUGCAGGUUGACUAGUUUUACAAACCUACUUAAUAAAUCUUUUCGAAACGAAACGCAUUUCGGGAAUCUCGGUUGACAUUUCAUGAGUUAGCCCAAUUGGUGUAAACUAGACAGUUUCGUCCACCCCAUGAAUCGAUCCUAUCGUUUAGAGUUCUCGUAUCUUGUAUAUGGUGUCAUCGUUUGACUCGAAGAAAUCCUUCCUUUACUUUUGGAAGUGUGAAAUCCAGAAAACAGGUGCAUAAACAGCCACCUGCUAACCCCAUGAAUUUUUGCUAAAUGAUAAGCUGCCAUAGGGGCGUCGACUGGUUUUGUGAAUGAUCGAUAUCCCUGCGUGUGACAUGCCAGGCAAGUCUACAUCCUAGUCCGGGACUAUGGUGGCAAGCAUCUGAUAGUUAUAUACUUUGCCGGUUUCCGGUGUUCAGCAGUUAACCGCUUGAACCCUUCGAAAUGACGUUCAUCAUCUUCUUUUGGCUCUUGGACAGACCGGUUUCACUUUUUUACCCAACAAAGUUUAUUAUCUUUCCUACCUAUAAUGCCGACGGCAAAUCAGUACCUAACGUUUAAACUGCCGCCACGUCCUAAGUGACAGUACGUAAUCGAAGAUACGCAAGAAUCGCUGGCACAAGGGUUUCAAAGAUAUCCGGGAUCGCAUGCGCAUACAAUAUAAAAAAGAGUUUAGAAGCAGAGACAUGCAUAAGGUAGGUUUUUUCAGUCUGAUGCAAAGUCCCCCUUAAUGGCCCAACAGUUGUAUAAUUCACGGAAUCACAGCUCACCCCAGGAAAAGCCCAUUGGCCGUUUUGUCGAAGAAUGCUCACAAACUGAAGGAUCGGUGGUUGGCACCUUUUGCCUGCCGCAUCUACCUUCCAUCUGGUAGUAAAUAAUGUUCGUAAUGAGAUAAGUGCAAGGGAAAUAAAUAUGCUUAAAUAAAUAUGUAUUCAAAUACCCUAGGUAACGAUAUAGUCGGAUGAGACAUAUUCCUUUUAACAUCGACGAUGUCAUUUUCUUUAUGAGACCUCUACACGUUACUUCAUGAGCGAACACGGAUUAGGAAAUCUGUCAAACAUCCGUUGAAAAAGCACCUAUUAUAGUGAUCUAUAAAUAAAUAUCUAGCCACCAGUAUCACCUAUUUUAUAUCUUAAAAACGUUUUGAUUUGAGGCACCAACAACUCAUAAAAUUAUUAGUAAAGGGUUAUAGGGUCAAAUGGUCGCAUGAAUUUCAUCACAAUUGCGCCUCAAAUUCCAGGUUGUAAUUGACAGCUAGUCCUGUCAUUGUAAUUUUUAAAUAAAAAUCCACCUUUCCAAUUUUCGAGGCGAUCUUAAAGUCCUGGCUUAUGAAUUUAACGGCCGGUGGGUUAACUCGAUCGUGGUGGUGGAUGCGUGGUGGUGCUGACAGGCCUGGACUGCGUAGGAUCAAUCGACAGAAGCUAGGAGAAAUUAAUAUUUGCGAAAACGUGCCUUGGUUGUAAGAUUCUACGAAUGACAGACUUUCCCGUGUCGAGUGCAAAAUCCACGCUGUUAAAAGUGCGCGUAUGUACCGAGUUUGUGCUACACUUCGACUGACGUUGCCCACAUUCAAACUCGGCCAGCGGCCAUGUGAAGAAAAUUACCCAAAUACCUGCGAACUCUGCUUUCUGAAUGGACUGCUACACAAUUUUAUGCCUUGUCGAAGAUGCAAUGGUAGUCGGAAAUAAGUAGAAGUUUGGGUUUAGUGUUUAUAAGUCGUCCGCAACAACUGCCCCUUCAGCUCACUGUCACGGCUUUCAUCCAUAGUCGUUGUUUAUCUAACUAAUUCAGAGACUGGGGUUAUCCUUUGGUUGUCUAGGUAAUCCUGAUGUGCCUGCACUGUUUUGGUGAGACCCGGGAAUUGGAACCUCCUCUCCCUUGCUCUUAUUUCCAGGAGGGAUACCCCUUCCUGUCCCUUGUCUCUUUGGAAGUUAGUUCAAGGCCUCCUGUAUUGCAGAGUUCCUAUUUCCCUGUCUCACGGCUGUUCUGACCUAUGCAUUAAAAAUGGAUAGCAGCCCUUUCAGACGGACCAAGAGCCCCAACUGCUUCGGUGUCGUCAUUCCUCGCCGAUCCAUGCAACUUGGGUGUCCUUCAACGAGAGGAGUGGCCGAUCUCAUUAAAUGUUGGCAAAAAUUCUGAAAUGCGUUUUCGAUUAUGAAGGAUUACUUAGGUGGGGCUGUAGUACGGAUGAGCUUGCGGCAUAAUCCUAUAGUAUUUCAGACUGGGUAGGAUGUCAGUUGUUGAAUGCAUUUCUUUUCACUCUCCUGUAGAAACCGUACUCGGUAAAAAAUUACUACUUAAUUAACAUGCACUUUUCACGCUGGCUUUUGACGGCCUUAUAUAGCCAGAAGUAUUUUUAUAGAAAAUGUGGACAAAGAUAUGCUUUCGUCCACUAUUUUGAUGGAGAAUCGCAUCAACUUCAUAUUUUAUACUCGAAGAAAUAGUACACUUAGGUUUUGUUCACAUUUUUAUAAAAUAUUUUUGAAUUUAUAAGACCGUCGAAAAUCAGUAUGAAAAAUGCCUGCUACUUAAGUAGUCGUUUUUACUCAGGUAACUAUUUGCCUUUCUUUUGACCAUAUUGGCACGCUGGCCUCGGGGACGCUGAAGGACAAACUGAUAAGCCACCCUGUCAACUGCACGAGUUCAUCGAGACACGCUGUUCUGGGCUUUUAGCUAGUACCUGUGCUGUCCGUAUCGUAAACAAGCCAGAAUUUAUGUAAUUCUGUGAAUAUUUCAUGGAUAUUCCGUGGUAGCCGGUGAAUUCCAGCUCAAACAUCCAUAUCGAUUUUCUGAGCAAGCUCAAAAAGCUUUUUUGCAAAGUAUUUACAUCUAGUUCGCCCUCCCCCGUCCCCCAGAAGUAAGUGAAGGCGUACAUGCACAGUAGAGAAUUUUGAAAGGACAGCCCAUCCAUACCUUCAAGCUGAAGACGCUGCAUGCUUGAGGAAAUUGGUCUUACCUUGGUGGUUAGGGUACAUGCGCGCAGUACCGGAGCUUCAUCGACGUUGUAGAAGUUCGCUGGCCGAGUCCCCGUCUUUUACGCCGUUGGCACGCACGCUUCGACUUAUCACGGGAUAAACUUAUCGGGAAAAAUAUUUUCUUGGAGUGUUUCACAUAGAAGCCAUUUCCUUCUCCGGCGUAUCCGGCGUGUAUAUUCCCCUGGCUCAGUUUGUUAGACAGCGGACUAAGUUUCGCUUCUGACUUAGAGGGAAAAAACUGUAGAAGUUUGUGUAUUGCCGCUUCCAUGUUUUCUUGCGACAUACACCUCUACGAAAUGUCCCAUCAGACGUUCUACUAAGCUUUAAAUUAGCUUAAAUUACUGUACAGGUCUGAGGAUGAAUAGUGGAAAGCGUACGUUUACCGAACUUGACUUCUAGAAUGUUUAAGUGGGUAUUAUCGUAGAACACCCAGUACUUGUAUACUACUGACGGCCUGUUAGCAGCUUGUGAAUAUUGCACGGUUAUUCCGCAAUAGCUGGUGAAUUUCAACCUAACUACCCACGUCAACUUUCGGGCCAAGCCUAAAAAUUAUAAUCUUCCUCUCCCCUGGGCGGUGGCUCCGAAAUGCCCCACAAGUGACGCUCAUUUUCUAGCCAUCGAGUCAUCUGUGGCUAAUGAGACAACACAUUCAGUUCAGCUGCCGUUUUAUCACUGUUGUCUGGGUUCCAUGUCCUGCCGUUGCGCAAGCUCUGGUCGGGAAUCUUGUCUUUUAGCGUUCCAUACAGUAUUUUUCCUUCAUUUUGACUUACGAGUCUUCCCUUUUUUAAAAUUUCCGAUAAUGCAUACAAAACGCGCGCUUACCUGCCCGCUAACUUCACUGUUUCUUCAGAAAGGGAGUUGCUGGUGAAGAAUAUUGGACCAAAGGAGAUUGGAAUAGUCAUUUCCAUCAUCGACCAAUUAUAUUCUGGGGCGGGAAUACUUAACCUCUGCUCAUAAAGGUCAUCGUCGUGUACUGAUCAUAGCCCAACUGCUGAUGACUCUUACCAUGGAUGAAUGAACAGUAGGAGGUCGCCCCACCAUGGGGACUAAGCUCUCAGCCAGACGCUGGGCAGUAAUGACCCAGCGUGCGCUUGCUAACACGAGUCUUCAUUGCCCUCGACGAUCGCGUGUUGCUAGUUCACCCAUGUGACUCGGCCUGCGAAAAACGGCGGUCAGGUCUAACCCAAAAUGCAUUCACUCUGUCUCAAGGCCUGGCCUCCGUCUGCAGAACAGCCCUGAUAUUGCAUUCGUGUUAGUAAUUCUGUGCCAUGCGCGCUGCGUGGUGGCACCGUGGAGUUUUUUAGGAACUUCGGAUGUCCACUGCCUCUGCAAAUCCAAGCACUCAAACAAAGGAACAACCCAGUGCUCGCAAACGGCUCCAACCAAUCAGCACCCGUCCUGAGAGAGCUUGGUUGGUGGGAUACCCCUCAUUCUCUUUAUGCUCAGCCCUUCUCGUAUCCUAAUAUGAGCCGUCGUUCGAAUCAUAUCACCUGACAGCCAAGGUCAAUAUCCCUACCGGGUCUUCCAAGCGGCUCCACUCGUCCUAAUGACGUUGGACGUUAUUUUACUUCUACUUUCAUAUUUACUACGUUUUUGGUAUGAGAAUACAUUCUAUACAUCUAAACACAAAUUUUAUUAAUUAAGAGCCAUCUCUGACGUUUUCGGGAUAUUGCGUUUUUCAAAAUAAAUCGGCAUUUCUAGAUGACCUAACACUGCCUUUAAUGUAUCUUUUUUGUUUUUAAUUCUUCUAAACUUUUACUGAAUUAACAUAUACAUUGGACUCAUGGAAGUGUCAGUUUGUGAUUGGCAAUAAUCCGUAAAUUCCGACACAUUUCACGAGUCAGGUCACUAACUGUACCUCGGGCGGGCCAUCCCGAUUUGCCACUCAACAGGAUAGGCGUCAUCCUGUGUUCAAAAGUAGUGUUAGACGAAAUCGACCACUCAUUGUGGGGGGUGAAACCCCGACUCCCCGAUUCUGACCAUUGAAUCUUCUGAGACCUUACUUCGGUGGGAAUACUCAAGGUUCUGGUAGACCACACCAAGCAGCUCGGCGGUAACUUCUGUUCAGUGUCAGACUUGUUUACGCCUGGGCGGUAACCCAUCUCACCGUCGAUGAUUUUCUCAUGAGUGCUCCCGAUGUAACGCUCUGCGAGGGUCUUUAAGUCAGGCGGAUGUGACCAAAAAAGCCAUCUUUCCUUCUUUUCUCUCCACUUUUCCUAUGCUCAACACAGUCCCGUCCUUCACAGCACGAAUGCUGGACACUUGCGGCGCACUAUUUUCUAUUCGCAAUAACCCAAUUAUCUUAAUGACCACCACAGGCGACGACGCGAGUGCUGUCAGAUGGACGGACGCCAGCUCUGAGCUGGAACUCUAUGCCAAUCAUCGAGACCUACUUCGACUCACAGUCCAACUACAUGGAGCACACUGGUAA